UGCAAACAGCUUCUGUAUCUGUUACAGACAAGGGAACUAAAUAUAGUCUGAGCCGGACAACAACAUGCACAUGUAAAUCUCACAGACAUCGGCUCACUCUAGAAAAUCUCCAGUUGUAUACAGUACUUCUGUCAGCUGUUAAAUAAUCCUGAUUCUUUGGCUGUGGCGUGAUUCACUUCUGCGCCUAGAAGGCAAUCACUGAGUGCAGAUUACUAAUGACAGUUUAUGUAUGAACCAUGGCAUGGAAUGUGACCUAAACAGUGGGUACUAAAGUUUGCACAUUGGCACUGCUUGCCUAUUGAGGGCAGAUUGUUGUAAUUUAAGGUCAUGGGACUGUCAGAUAAAGCUGUGAUUGGCCGAGGCCUCAACAGUCCUGACCCAUUGGUGCGUGAGGCCUACCUCAUGGCAUAUGACUAUAUCAACUAUGUGACGGCCAAACCAGGCAUCCCGGUGGGUCAAGCACCAUCCCGUGCCACGGCCGCCCUGCGUCACGCUGGAGAUGAGCUGCUCACUCGCUUCCCCAUCUUCUUUCGCCGCUGGCCACGUGUUUUCCAGGACGUGACGGACCGAACGGCCUGCUCGACCCUCGUUUCCAUUUUGGAUGAGCACUUUGCACCAACUCGGCGUAGAGACCUCGCCUGGAGCGCCGUGCUGUCCGUGUUUGUUCUCUCUGGACAGCUGGCACUGCACUGCCAGGAGAGGGGCAUGUCUGAUAUCCUGCCCCAGAUUCAGGAGUGCGUGGGCAGCUAUGUAGAGAGGGUCAUCUGCCCCGAGAUCAGGGACAGAGGAGGAUGGUCAGGUUUUAUCAGUCGUUUUGGCGAGAAGCAGAAUCUUGAAGACCAGGUGAUGAAGGUGUGCUGCUGGUCUCUGCUCUUGCUCAGUGUUGGGAUCUUAUCCUACUUUGUAUGGAGAAGAACAGCUUAGACAACAGCACCAUCUGCUGAGAAAAUGUAAUAAGGACAUUCAUGCUUCA